ACCAGCUGGACAAAUUCCGCAGACCUAUUACAAGUAAUCACUCAUGCAUGUCAUUGGUCGAAUUAUGUUAAUGCACCUCCUGCACUGCGGCAUAGACCAAUCAAAACCGCACAAUUCCGUGAGCGCUUUCCCUAUUAUUUACAUUAAAUCCGCCAUUCUUCUGUUUGUGCUGUGCUCGUCGCCGGAGAUAAACAUGCACCGAUUUGGCCGAAAUAAACACCGUUCCUGACAAACUGUGGCACCGGAAUCGUUUGAGGUGACGUCAUGUCGUUUGGAGUUGUCGUGGGACCGGGAAACAUUCCUGAGAAAUUGUACAAUUGGCGUCAAUUAAACGGGAAAGAGGUGCCGUCGACGUUGGACAAUUCAAAAGUGGCAGGGUCUGUGUCGAGCAGUGCGACGGUAGCUGAGCAGCUGCAUACGGCAAACCAAGACAUUGCGACAAGGCCGCUAGGGUUGGUCGCGCCAUUCAACCGUAACAAUUUGCAUGCAAAGAGACGGGCCAAGCUAGCCUGUCAAAAGCUAAACACACACAUGCCGAAACGGAAGAAAUCCAAGGGGUAUGCCGCUAACCUGCUCGCCAUGAACAGCCUUCCAGUUAGUGUGCUGCCACCAGGAACUUUCAUUCCUAUGAACACCCGUCCCAUCAUGUCGCCGACCAUCAUGGAAAGAGCUCUGAGUGGUGUGAACUUGAUCAACUCUCCGGCUAACUUGGUAUCCAGGCCUCAGCUGAUCCGGUGUUGCGGAUGCACAUCCUGCGCGUGUAGCUGCCAUGCCCACCGAGCAACCAAAGUCGACGCGGGUUCCCAAACCUGCGAGGCAGACUUGACUAAACAGACGGAUCGCCACCCGUCUUCAGCCGACCAACCAAAACCAUGUCAGCUUCCAAUUGACCUCAGCAUUAAGAUUCCCCCGGCAGAGAGGGAAGCGCAGGCCCAACUCGACAGGCAGAUGGUGGUAUCCGCGAAUCACUCAAACGGUUUACCUGCCGUCCGCAAGGGGCCGUUUAAAUUUCACCACAUGAUAAACGCAAUGCAGGAAGCCAAUAAAGUGUACACCAAAGAUGAGAGUAGUGAUGACGAGGUGGUCGACAUUAAGCCGAUAUUUAUUACGAAGUUAAGCGAGGACGGGACAUUUAAACAAGAAUGCAGGAGUAGCGAUGAGGGGAGUCCUUCGAAAUUGAUGUACCAGAGCGAAGAGGGUCAUAGCUUUACCCCAUUCCCGUAUGCCCGACCUGUGACACUUGGAAACGAAAUGACGAGUCCCCAUCAACAGACCCAAGAAUGUGAAGGCAUCAAUCAACUCGGAGGGAACUUUGCUAACGGCCGUCCCUUACCUGUUCAUAUACGCCAGCUUAUCGUAGAGUUGUCUAAGAAGGGUGUGCGUUCCUGCGACAUCUCACGGCAGCUCAAGGUCUCUCAUGGCUGCGUCAGCAAGAUCCUUGUAAGAUACCAAGAGACGGGAUCCAUCCGCCCUGGAGUGAUCGGUGGCAGUAAGCCCAAGGUAGCGACGUCCAAUGUCGUUGAUAAGAUUGCUGAGUACAAGAGAGACAGCCCCACCAUCUUCGCCUGGGAGAUUCGGGACAAACUUCUAUUGGAUGGGUUGUGCUCCAAGGACACGGUACCGAGUGUCAGCUCCAUCAACAGAAUUCUGCGCAACAAGAUCGUGAAUGGACAGGUGCGACACGACCUGUCACUCACCACCAAGAAUCACGCGGACUCCGGACACAGCGACUUGGAGUCGACGCCAAUCUCCUCACCAAACAUGACCUCCCCGAUGGCCUCCCCAAACUGCAGACCCAACAUGAUAGCCCGCCAGCCCACCCUGACCCAGCAGCAGAUUGCCUGCAUGACCGACGCCCAGAGGGAGCAGUACGCCGCCUUCCUCCAGCUUGCCCAGUCGGCCCUUGCCUCUCAGGUCCAGAGUAACUUUCUCUCCUUCCCCGGCGGGGUGAACACCAUCCCAGGAGCCGGCGGCCCUGCCCCGCAGGGCAUGAACAUGCUCACGGGGCCGUUUGUCAUGUCCAGCACCAACCCUGUGUCGACUGCUAAUUUGGCAGGCCUCCCUACUUCUACCCCCGUGACCGGCAUGAGCAUGGCUAGCACACCCACCUCCAUUCAAACACCAAUUGUGCAACAGUCAUCCCAUCCUGCCCUCCCUCAAAUCCUUCGGGGGGUGCCCCCUGUCGGCAACAUCCUUCCCCUUGCCACGACGAUGCAGAGCACAAAGGGCCAUGAUGCUGUGGUAACCGUCGCAACAGAAGGCCUGCUGCAGCCCACGUCCAACAUGCAUUCCAUCGACAGUUUGAUUGCGACUGCAGCUGCCGCUGCGGCCAUCCCGCAAGACGAGACGGAAGAUGACCCUAAGGUUAAAGAAGAAGAAGUUGCCUCAACGUUGACACGCCUGGGAACGAUGCAGUACAGCUCAAACAAGCCCGUGAACACUGUUACGACCACAGCCAGCAUGAACCAAUUACAGAUGCCCUACAUCCACCUGGGCUCAGGGCCCACAAAUCUUGCCUCGCUGGUCGGGUACGGGGGCGGCGGGGUCCUCGUUAAGGACGAGGCCACUCAGAAGAUCUUCCGUCUGCCACUGGACAGCAGUACGUUUAACCCGGACUCCAGUAAUUACUACCAGCAGCAACUUCUGAGCAUGACCAGUCAAUCUACACAACUCCAACUGUCGAACCUCCCACCACUGACCCCAGUCUCUGUCCUCUCGUCAAUGAAGGGUGCAAGCGGUGAGAUACCUAACACUCCAGUACAGCUGGCAACAAACACAGAACAAAAAUCUCCAAAAGAAGCGGCCAGUGCCAUCAGUCCUGAAGAUGAUGCAGAGGGCGCUGUCUUCAUUGAGCUGAAGCCAGCCUCUGUGCUGGGUCAUCAGAUGCCUGUGUCAACCGCAAACUCAUUCAUUAAAGCAGAGCCAGGGGUAACCUACACUCAAGGUGGUCUGUUGCCCCCAGCAGGCAUCGGCCAGACAAACUUGUCGCUCUUCCCCACCAGCCAACCCCCGAGCGGCUGGACAAGAGCAAGUAUUCAAAGCAGGUAACUUGGCCACGAUUUCUCAGUAACAUUUGGGGCAUAGCUCUUGGAAAUUAACAAUUGAUAAGGUAGUUUUUGUGACGGCUGUGGCUGGUGAAUUAUAUAAUGAUUUUUAAAAAGAAAAUAAGAAAAAACCCAGUGGCCAAACGAAGCCAUAUCUGUCGAUUUUGAUCGGCCUUGCACUAUCAGUGUCCACUACCAGACACAACCGUGGCUGAGUGCGGAACUGCCCCAGGUCAUUCAUUGCCUUGGUGCACAAGGCUCUCACACUAAAAAACAAAAUCAAGAACACUUUGAGUUGAUGAAGUUGGUUGAGAAAUGGUCCAAGUCAUAUUUUUUAUAAUUUUACGUGAGAUAAAUUGAAACCUAUUUUUGUUUUAUAUUGUACAUGAGAGAGGGGAACCAAAAUGUAAACUUAUUUUAAAAUUCUUGUUUUGUGGAGGUUUUUUGUUUUUCUUUGGGGUAUUGAAAUCUGCCAGUUUAACUGGCCUGGAGUAUGAUAUAUUUAAAAGAGGUGGAAAAUAGAGCCUGGAUAGAUUGGGUUAAUUCUUCUGUUUUUUUAGGUUUCAUUAAAAGUGAAGGUAUCAAGAAGUAGUUGAUGUCAUGAUGUAGAAAUGGACACAAUCUUAAUUAUCAUUAUCAUUGACUGAUAAUUUUGUCCUGAGAAAUUUAAGUAUUUAGAAAAAUGUCCUUUUUUUUCUUCGAAAAGGUGGCUUUGGCUUGACUUCAAAAAUCUAAAAACAAAAUUAUUGAAAAAACUGAAAGUGGGAAUGUUAUACAUGCGUUUUUUUUUUUUUACUGAAAAUUUCCUCCAACUGAAAUGUUCAUGUCAAGUGCCGCUUUGCUCAUCUAUAGUGUUUUACCUUCACUUUAAAUGAAAGCAAACUUGUAAAAUGUCUAUAAAUUUAAAUGUAACUGUCAGUUGUAGUCUUGUAACGCUUCUUUUGCUUUCAUAAAUAUGUACAGAAAAAUUGUUUAGUUGUAGGUUUAUUGUGAAAGCCAUUGUAUUGUAUCAUGGGCAGUUGUACAUUUUGGUUUAGAUCUCUUAAAGGCAGUGGACACUAUUGGUAAUUGUCAAAGACCAGUCUUCUCACUUGGUGUAUCUCAACAUAUGC